AUCGUAUUUUACUUUGCAAGUGAAGUUAGAUUUAUGUACAUUUAAAUCACGUGUGUUCGGAAAUACCUAACAGAUACUUGAAAUGUUUUCGAUAAAUAUACAGCUUUGAUUUUUUUUAGAUGUUUAUCGAAUUUCUUUGACAAGUUUUUGAGUGGCAUACGAAUGGCUGACACAUUUUAUUAGAAGAUUUUCCUUAGCAGAAGCAGUUAAAGUUCUGCAGAAGUUUUUGAAAGCAUUUUAACCUUGUAAAAAAACCAAAAUUGUUAAAAAAUCGUUUUAUGAAUUAUUUUUCUAAUUCCGAGAAAAAUGUAAUAGAGAUUGUCUCUGGUUAAAUAAUACAUUCUGUGUACAUACAUACAUACAUACAUAUGUAUGUAUGUACUUAUGUAUGUAUGUGCAUAGCUGUUCAGAGUCAUCUUCAAACUUGUAGCAGCUAAGCGAGCGAGUAGAAAGCGGAAAUCAACCAGAUAUUCAGCAAAUUAAACAGGCUCCUCAAUGUACAAAUGAUAUACUUUCCGCUCAAAAUUACCUUUAGUUCUUGCUAUUAAAAUAAAACUUUGUAAAAAGCGUUUUAGUACAUGUACUUCCCCGUUUGCCGGCACGGUGAACUAAGCAUAAUUUAAUAACAGGUUCUUUAGUAUAUACUGCAGUUGGCUGCGCGAAGUUUGUUUUAUUAAAUAUAUCAACUUUUAUAUUAUCUGAUGUAGUAAUUUAGUUAUUUGAAAUUUUUUUUAUAUUGGUUGAAAUUGCAAAAUUAUUUUUCAAAAAAUAAAAACGAAAAUAUUACAAAUAAUUUUUGUCAUUCUUGUUACAUAAUAAAAUUUCCACAUAAAUUGCCGACACACGCACACAGCCACACAUACGCACCCACACACAUGCAUUAGACAGCGCGCAAAAUUCGUUAAUCAAAACAUUGCGCCCAAUUAAAAAUUAAAACUUGAUUGGCAUGUAUGGCACAGCGCGCUGGAAGUGUUUAUGAAUUCAAGUGCUUAGCGCAGCCGCUUUGUCGCUGCACCGCCACACCAACCUACACAUGCAAAUCGCAUACAUUCAUACAUACAUAUGUAGCGCGCUACUCCAAGCUGCUUACCUGUAAAUAUUCAAAAAUCCGCUACUCACUGUCACAGUCGAGCGUUGGAGGUGCGCUCCCGCAGAAGCCGUUUUCGCAAGUGCAGAAACGUGAUUAAAAACUGAAAAUUUCACGCGCAUACAUACAUACACAUACGCUUAGUUGCGAUACAUUUAUUAUUUACCGUUGGACGCCCUUGUAAGCCCAGCAAUGCGUUUAAGUGCGAUCUUUAGCGACGCCACUUCGGCGGUCAGCGUCACUGCGACAACAGUUUUGGCUGUCCUAUCGAUUUUAUCCGUGAGUAAUGGAUCCGUGGCACGCAGCGGCGGUCCUCAGUUUGCCGGCAGGUACUUUGAUAUUAACGAUGACGUAACGGUGAAUGUCAAUGCGGAGAAUACCCGUCCCAUUAUCGGUAUCCUGACGCAGGAAGUGUCGAAUUUCGUGCGCCGCCAUUAUCCCGAUAAGGAUUACAACAGUUAUAUUGCCGCUUCGUAUGUGAAAUUUAUUGAGGGCGCCGGCGGACGUGUGGUACCGAUUUGGAUUGAUCGUGAAAGAGAGUAUUACGAGGAUAUCAUGUCCAAAAUAAAUGGUGUAUUAAUGCCGGGCGGUGCGACAUACUUCAACCAAUCUCACGGCUAUGCCGACGCUGGCCAACACUUAUACGACAUCGCCAUCAAAAUGAACAAACGCGGCACUUACAUGCCUAUUUGGGGUACUUGUUUAGGAUAUGAGUUGCUGGUCUAUUUGUCGGCCAACGCCACAGAUUUGCGCACCGAUUGUUCGUCGUCGGCACAAGCACUGCCAUUGGAGUUCGAGAAGGGUUACAAGGAGAGCAGACUCUUUGCUCCAGCUAGCGAUGAAGUGGUGCAGAUAUUUAGCACAUAUAAUGUCACAGUGAAUUUUCACAUAUUCUGCUUUACGAAGGAGACUUUUGCGGACCACGGCCUAAACAAUUCGUGGAAUGUGCUGAGCGUAAAUCACGACUGGAAUGGCGCGGAAUUCAUAUCGACCGUCGAGCAUGUCAAAUAUCCAUUUUAUGGCGUGCAAUUCCAUCCUGAGAAAGUACUUUACGAAUUCAUACCGAAUCGAAAUAUUACGCACACCUCACAAGCGGUUAUCGGCUCGCAAUAUUUCGCAGACUUCUUUGUGAAUGAGGCGCGCAAGAAUCGCAACAAUUUCGCAAAUCGCACCGAGGAAACCGAUGAACUCAUCUAUAAUUACCAACCGGUGUAUACGGGCGCUCUGGGUUCCGCUUUCGUACAACAGUAUUUGUUCGAAGCAAGCAUUGCCGCCUCAACACGCAGCGCCGGCACAGCCUCUACGGCCGGCGCCAUACUAACGCAUUGUUUGCUGGCGCUAAUUACGCUUUUUAUUUUGUGCGCUUGGAGGCGUGUAUGACGUCAUAACAUCUAUCGCGUUUUUAGGCUAUUCGGCCAUGAGGGCCGAUAUGCGUGAAGCUACUCGCUCGCUUUAUAGAUUCAUUAUUACUGCUAUCAACUGCUCCCUAAAGUUCCUACAUAGAUUUUCCAAUAAAAGCAGCUUCAAGUGUGUUCACACACACACACACGCAAAAUCAAUUAAAAGCAAAGAGGCAUUAAAGGACGAAAAUUCACUGCUGGCAUAAUUUAAUAAUAUUUCGUUAUUUAAUUUUUCACAUCUAAAAGUAAGCGUAACAUAACAGAUUCUUACUAAGAGGUGUCUCCUGCUUUAGCUAGUAAAUUACAUAAAUACAAAUAUACACCAACAAAACAUAAUUUUAUAAAUUUAGAUGGAAUAGUACACAAUUUUUACCGCUAAGCAAAAUAGAACGCUCCACAAAAAUAACUUUCCCCUAACAGCAAUUAUUGUAAACGAUGCUUCUGCGAUUUAUAUGUUCAGUGGCAAAUCAUCAAUAGCAUUAUCAGUACAAAAAGUAAAGUAAUAAAAAUUAUAAUAAAUAAAUAAAAAAUUUAAACUGUGCAGCAAACAGAAUAAUCAAACAUUAUUCCUUAAUCGUAAGUAUUAUAAUUAAAGUUAACGGGAUAUUAUAAAUUGUGACAAAAACGCACACGGAAAUUGUAAUUAUAUUCGCCGGGUAAAUGAUUUUUCAAAAAAAUUUAUUUUGCUAAGUUGGUCGGACUCUCCUCAAUUACUACAUAUCCCAAAUAUGAGCGC